CUUCAGAUCUGACUUUUCUUUUUUUUUUUCGCCAGAAGAUAUUUUUCGACCCCUUCUCCACGUUCUUCUCUCUUUUAAAUACACAGCCCCUCUUCUCCCAUCUCACUCACUCACCAUCCUCACUGUAAUUUUCUCUCUUUCUCGCGUAUUUGAUUCGUAAUGGCUGGAGGUAAGAUCAAGAUCGGAAUCAACGGAUUCGGAAGAAUCGGUCGUUUGGUAGCUAGAGUUGUUCUCCAGAGGGACGAUGUUGAGCUUGUUGCUGUUAACGAUCCCUUCAUCACCACUGAGUACAUGACGUACAUGUUCAAGUACGACAGUGUCCACGGUCAAUGGAAACACCAUGAGCUCAAGGUGAAGGAUGAGAAGACUCUUCUCUUCGGUGAGAAGCCAGUCACUGUCUUCGGCAUCAGGAACCCUGAGGAUAUCCCAUGGGGUGAGGCUGGAGCUGACUUCGUUGUUGAGUCUACCGGUGUUUUCACUGACAAGGACAAAGCUGCUGCUCACUUGAAGGGUGGUGCCAAGAAGGUUGUCAUCUCUGCACCUAGCAAGGACGCGCCCAUGUUUGUCGUUGGUGUCAACGAGCACGAGUACAAGUCCGACCUUGACAUUGUCUCCAACGCUAGUUGCACCACUAACUGCCUUGCUCCCCUUGCCAAGGUUAUCAACGACAGGUUCGGCAUUGUUGAGGGUCUUAUGACCACCGUCCACUCCAUCACUGCUACUCAGAAGACUGUUGAUGGACCAUCAAUGAAGGACUGGAGAGGUGGAAGAGCUGCUUCAUUCAACAUCAUUCCCAGCAGCACCGGAGCUGCCAAGGCUGUCGGAAAGGUUCUUCCACAGCUUAACGGAAAGUUGACCGGAAUGUCCUUCCGUGUUCCCACCGUUGAUGUCUCAGUUGUUGACCUCACGGUUAGACUCGAGAAAGCUGCAACCUACGACGAGAUCAAGAAGGCUAUCAAGGAGGAAUCUGAAGGCAAGCUAAAGGGAAUCCUUGGAUACACCGAGGAUGAUGUCGUCUCAACUGACUUCGUUGGUGACAGCAGGUCGAGCAUUUUCGAUGCCAAGGCUGGAAUUGCAUUGAGUGACAACUUCGUGAAGCUUGUGUCGUGGUACGACAACGAAUGGGGUUACAGUACUCGUGUGGUCGACUUGAUUGUUCACAUGUCAAAGUGCUAAAUCUAAAUCUGAGAAGAUGAUCUCGAGUUUGUUGUUUUUCAAUAAAUUUUCUUGGUUUUAAAAACUCUUUUUGGGUUUUGGCUGAUCUCUCUCACUUGUAGUGAUUUGAGUCUGUAGCCCGGUUGUUUAACUGAGAGGCCCUUUACGUUUGGCUUUUGAUAUAUUGAGUUAUGGUUUUAUCAGA